CCCCCACCUUCCCCCAAAAAUGCUCAUCAAUCUAAUCGAGCCUAUUCUAACAUGUAGGGGUGUUUUCUCUGGUACCAGAGCCUUUGAAACUAUGCUGCUAUCCUUCACGAGUCUUUUUCAUCAACCUUUCAUCUCAAAAUUGAUCAUCAAAGCAAGAACCUUACCACCAUUGUAAUUUCGUUGCAUACACUUAGCCUGGUAUCGAUCAGGUGGUCUACAUGGCUUUACGGGUGUGGUAGCCUACACAUCUCCUUCCUUCAAUUGGAGACGACUUUAGGACUAGGCAGUGCGUAAAACGCUCAGAAUGUCCUAGAAACAUUGAAUUACCGGAGAAAAGGAUGGAGAACUAUAUAUUUUUCCUGAGUCUACUAUGUUGAUGUCGAUAAGAGCUAGUUUCAGUGGAUGGUACAAUACUUAAAGACCAAGUAGCUACAGGAUGACAACAUGGCUGCACCCCUUAUGGCACCACCAGGACCUGACAGCUUUAAAUAUUUUACCGCGGAAACAUUGGCUAACAUCGAGCUCCGGAUCAACGAGGAGAAGAACAAACCGCCACCAAAACAGGACAGCAGUCACCGUGACGACGACGAUGACAACAAACCCAAGCCCAAUGGCGACCUGGAGGCUGGGCGGAAUCUGCCCUUCAUCUAUGGCGACAUCCCUCCUGGAAUGGUGGCAACACCACUGGAGGAUCUGGACCCUUUCUACCAGGCUCAGAAAACAUUCAUAGUGCUAAACAGAGGGAAGACUAUCUUCCGCUUUAGUGCCAACCCUGCCUUGUACAUCAUAAAUCCUUUAAAUAUUUUCAGGCGAAUAGCUAUUAAAAUUUUGAUACAUUCUCUUUUCAGCAUGAUCAUUAUGUGUACUAUUUUGACCAACUGUAUAUUCAUGACCUUUAGUGAUCCUCCUGAGUGGUCCAAGCAAGUAGAGUACACAUUCACAGGGAUUUAUACAUUUGAAUGUCUUGUAAAAGUCGUCGCUCGAGGAUUCUGUAUAGAUGGGUUUACGUUCCUAAGGGAUCCCUGGAACUGGCUGGAUUUCAUGGUCAUUUCUAUGGCAUAUAUAACAGAGUUUGUGGACCUGGGCAAUGUCUCUGCGUUGAGAACAUUCAGAGUUCUCCGAGCAUUGAAAACUAUCUCUGUCAUACCAGGCCUGAAGACCAUUGUCGGUGCUCUAAUCCAAUCGGUGAAGAAAUUGUCAGAUGUUAUGAUCCUCACAGUCUUCUGUCUCGGUGUCUUCGCUCUGAUUGGACUACAGCUCUUCAUGGGCAACCUACGACAAAAAUGCGUGAUUUGGCCAAUCAACUCCACCGAGAACUUCUUGGCCAACGGCAGCAUAGGCUUCGACUGGGAUGAAUACAUCAAUAACGACAAAAAUUUCUACUUCCUGCCGAGACAAUUGGAUGCCCUUUUAUGUGGCAACAGUUCAGAUUCUGGCCGCUGCCCUGAAGGCUUCACAUGCAUGAAAGCUGGCAGGAAUCCAAAUUACGGUUACACCAGCUUUGACAGCUUUGGAUGGGCUUUCCUGACUCUCUUCAGACUCAUGACACAGGACUUCUGGGAGAACCUCUAUAUGCUGACCCUGCGGGCAGCAGGGAAGACCUACAUGAUCUUCUUUGUGUUGGUGAUCUUCGUGGGGUCCUUCUACCUGGUCAAUCUGAUUCUGGCUGUGGUGGCCAUGGCCUAUGAGGAGCAGAACCAGGCCACAAUGGAGGAGGCUGAGCAGAAAGAGGCAGAGUUCAAAGCCAUGCUGGAGCAGAUUAAGAACCAGCAGGAGGCUGCACAGGCCAACGCCAUGGCGACGACGGCAGGCACGGUGUCGGAGGACGUAGGGGACGAUGACGGCGGGGGGACCCUGUCCUGUAGCUCGUCAGAGAUGUCCAAGCUCAGCUCCAAGAGCGCCAAGGAGCGGCGCAACCGCAAGAAGAAGUGGCGCCAGAAAGAGCAGUCGCAGCGGGAGGAGAAGGGGGACUGCGAGAAGUUUGUCAAGUCCGAGUCGGACGACGGCAGUAAGAAGAGCCGCUUCCGUUUCCCUGACAACCGGCUAGGCCGCAAGUCUUCCAUCAUGAACCAGUCCCUUCUCAGUAUCCCCGGCUCACCGUUUCUGUCGAGGCACAACAGCAAGAGCAGCAUCUUCAGCUUCAAGGGCGUGGGCUCGGAGAACGAGUUCGCCGACGACGAGCACAGCAUGGUGGAGGAGUGCGAGGAGAGGCUGGGCCCCCGGUUCAGCCCGUACCGGCGGUGCAGCUACACGGGCUACCACCACGGUGGUGGGAAGAGGAACUCCACGGUGGACUGCAACGGCGUGGUGUCUCUGAUCAGUCCGGGGACCGGCGGACGCCUUCUGCCUGAGGUGAAAAUAGAUAAGGCAUCUGGUGACGACAGUCCCACUACUGAGGUUGAGGUGAAGAAGAAGCUGUCUGGUUCCCUGAUGGUGUCUAUGGACCAGCUCAAUACCUCCUUCGGAAGGAAAGAGCGGACCAACAGUGUCAUGAGCGUCAUCACCAACACACUAGCGGAGGAACUGGAGGAGUCUCAGCGUAGUUGUCCACCGUGGUGGUAUAAGUUCUCCAACAUGGUCCUCAUCUGGGAGUGUUGUCCCAUCUGGUUGAAGAUCAAGGAGAUCGUCAACCUGAUCGUCAUGGACCCCUUCGUGGAUCUGGCCAUCACCGUCUGCAUCGUCCUCAACACCCUGUUCAUGGCCAUGGAGCACUAUCCCAUGACCCCACACUUUGAGGAGGUGCUGUUCGUGGGAAACUUGGUGUUCACAGGGAUCUUUGCUGUGGAGAUGUUUGCCAAGUUGGUUGCCAUGGAUCCCUACUACUACUUCCAGGAGGGGUGGAACUGCUUUGACGGCUUCAUUGUGACCCUGUCCUUAGUGGAGCUGGCAUUGGCUGACGUGGAGGGGCUGUCUGUGCUCAGAUCAUUCCGAUUGCUGAGAGUGUUUAAACUGGCCAAGUCGUGGCCCACACUCAACAUGCUGAUCAAGAUCAUCGGUAACUCUGUGGGCGCCCUGGGAAACCUGACCCUUGUCUUAGCUCUCAUCGUCUUCAUCUUUGCCGUAGUCGGCAUGCAGCUGUUCGGCAAGAACUACAAGGACUGUGUGUGUAAGAUCGCCCUGGACUGUGAGCUGCCCCGCUGGCACAUGCACGACUUCUUCCACUCGUUCCUGAUGGUGUUCCGGGUGCUGUGUGGGGAGUGGAUCGAGACCAUGUGGGACUGUAUGGAGGUGGCCGGACAGGGCAUGUGUCUCAUCGUCUUCAUGAUGGUCAUGGUCAUCGGGAACUUGGUGGUGUUGAACCUUUUCCUUGCCUUGCUGCUGUCCUCGUUCAGCGCAGACAAUUUAGCCGCAACAGACGACGACGGAGAGAUGAACAACCUUCAGAUCUCCGUCAUCCGCAUCAAGAAGGGCAUCGCCUGGUUCAAGAUCAAGCUGGCAGAGUUGGUGCUCAGCUUGACCAAGAAGCCGCCGGUGGAGGAUGAACAGAAAACCUUAGACGACAUGUACGACAAGAAACUGAACUGUAUCGCCAACCACAGUGGUGUGGAUAUCAACCGCGACUUGGACUACACCAAGAAUGGUAACGGCACCACUAGUGGUAUAGGGAGCAGCUUCGGGAGGUACUUGAUCGACGAGGACCACAUGUCGUUCAUCCACAACCCUAACCUGACCGUGUGCGUUCCUAUCGCGGUCGGAGAGUCCGACUUUGAGAACCUCAACACCGAGGACUUCAGCAGCGAGUCGGAGAACGAGAACAGCAAAGAGCUGGAUGACACCAGCUCAUCAGAGGGCAGCACCAUAGACAUCAAGCCUGAUGUGGAGGUGGAGGCGGUGGUGGUGGAGGCUGAAGAAGAGUACUUAGACCCAGAAAACUGUUGGACACCUGACUGUAUUAUCAAGUAUCCUUGCUGCGAUGUGCCCAUCACUCAUGGGUGGGGAAAACAUUGGUGGUUCCUGAGAAAGACAUGCUAUCUUAUUGUGGAGCAUGACUGGUUCGAAACAGUCAUUAUCUUUAUGAUCCUACUCAGUAGUGGGGCCCUGGCUUUUGAGGAUGUGUACAUCCAGCAGAGGAAGACAAUCAGGACCAUCUUGGAAUACGCCGACAGUGUGUUCACCUACAUCUUCAUCCUGGAGAUGCUGCUCAAGUGGGUCGCCUACGGAUUCCACAAGUACUUCACCAACGCCUGGUGCUGGCUUGACUUCUUCAUCGUCGAUGUGUCUAUAAUCAGUCUGGUAGCUAAUGCACUGGGCUACUCGGAUCUAGGUCCUAUUAAAUCACUAAGGACACUAAGGGCCUUGAGACCCCUCAGAGCCUUGUCACGUUUUGAAGGGAUGAGGGUGGUAGUCAACGCCCUAGUGGGAGCCAUCCCCUCCAUUAUGAAUGUGUUGCUGGUUUGCCUCAUCUUUUGGCUGAUUUUCAGUAUCAUGGGAGUCAACUUGUUUGCGGGCAAGUAUUACUACUGUUUCAACCAGACAGCAGAGGAGUACUUUGAUGCCAGCCAGGUCAACAACAAGACACAGUGCCUGGCCCUCAUUGAACAGAACUUCACUGAGGUCAGGUGGAAGAAUGUCAAGAUCAACUUUGACAAUGUUGGCGCCGGAUACCUGGCUCUGCUUCAAGUGGCGACAUUCAAAGGCUGGAUGGACAUCAUGUACGCAGCCAUAGACUCCAGAAGGGUGGAGGACCAGCCCAUCUAUGAAGACAACCUCUACAUGUACAUCUACUUCGUCAUCUUCAUCAUCUUCGGAUCCUUCUUCACCCUCAACCUCUUCAUCGGUGUCAUCAUUGACAACUUCAACCAACAGAAGAAAAAGUUUGGAGGUCAGGACAUCUUCAUGACAGAGGAACAGAAGAAGUACUACAACGCCAUGAAGAAACUGGGUUCAAAGAAGCCCCAGAAACCCAUUCCCAGACCACAGAACUAUAUCCAAGGGUUGGUGUUUGACUUUGUGACCCAGCAAGUGUUCGACAUCUCCAUUAUGAUGUUGAUCUGCCUCAACAUGGUCACCAUGAUGGUGGAGACAGACGACCAGUCGGAUGAGACGGAGAACAUCCUCUAUUGGGUCAACUUCAUCUUUAUCGUGGCGUUCACCAUCGAGUUUGUCCUGAAACUCUUCGCCCUGCGCCACUACUACUUCACCAAUGGCUGGAACGUGUUCGACACGGUCGUAGUCGUCCUGUCCAUCGCGGGCAUGUUCCUGGCUGACAUCAUUGAGAAGUACUUCGUAUCGCCGACCCUCUUCAGGGUCAUCCGAUUGGCUCGAAUCGGCCGCAUCCUGCGUCUGAUCAAAGGGGCCAAGGGCAUACGGACUUUACUCUUUGCUUUGAUGAUGUCACUUCCUGCCCUGUUCAACAUUGGCCUCCUGCUCUUCCUGGUGAUGUUCAUUUUCAGCAUCUUCGGAAUGUCCAACUUCGGCUACGUCAAACACGGGGCCGGGAUAGACGACAUGUAUAACUUUGAGACCUUCGGGAACAGCAUGAUCUGCUUAUUCAUGAUCACCACGUCUGCAGGCUGGGAUGGUCUCUUGCUCCCCAUCCUGAACUACCCUCCUGACUGUGACCCAACCAUGGAGAACCCAGGUGCACCGUCUACAGGCAACUGCGGCAACCCCUCAGUUGGCAUAUUUUUCUUUGUCAUGUAUAUCAUUAUUUCCUUCCUUGUCGUAGUCAAUAUGUACAUCGCCAUCAUCUUAGAGAAUUUCAGUGUAGCAACAGAAGAGAGCGCCGACCCGCUCAGUGAAGACGACUUUGAGACCUUCUAUGAAAUUUGGGAGAAAUUUGACCCCGCCGCUUCCCAGUUCAUCACCUUCGCAAAACUAGGGGACUUUGCAGACACCCUGGAGCACCCUCUCCGCGUUCCCAAACCCAACACCAUCGAGCUGAUCGCCAUGGACAUGCCCAUGGUCAGCGGCGACCGCAUCCACUGCCUGGACAUCCUGUUUGCCUUCACCAAACGCGUGCUGGGCGACAGCGGCGAGCUGGACAUGCUACGCACGCAGAUGGAGGAGCGCUUCGUGCAGGCCAACCCCUCCAAGGUGUCGUACGAGCCCAUCACCACGACACUGCGCCGGCGCCAGGAGGACAUAUCCGCACGCUGCAUCCAGAAAGCCUACCGUGCUCACCUCCUCAAACGGGGCUUCAUCUGCAAGCGCAGGCCCAAGACCGAGCUGGAGAACGGAGGGACCAACAACCAGGAGAAGAAAGAGAGCACAGCCUCCACCGCAUCUCUCCCCUCCUACGACAGCGUGACCAAACCUGAUAAGGAGAAACAGGAGGAGAACGAGGGAGAGAGGAAAGAGAAGGACAGAAAUCAAAAAGAUGAGCGGGAAUCUAAAUUUUAGUCAGGCUUCAGUCACUGUCAUUAUUACAAUACUACACACAGCCAGAAGGAACUCUGAGCCCAACAAACAGACAAAUGUAUAAAACAUAUAAUUUGCAAGUUUGCAAGCAAAUUCUUUUACGAAAACUACAAUUUCAUUUUUUACAGACUUCAAUUUAACACAAAAUGAAGGAUCGAGAUUCGGCAUUGGAUAGUUAGGGUCAGUUGAAGCAAAACACAGAUGGCGGUGUACAUGUUGCCCACGAUAAGAAUUUAGUUAGGACACCAUUAUUAUCACGAAAGGAUUUUACUGCCUGAUAAUACAUUUCUUCUUUAUUUCUUGGAAAUAAUGUGAGGAAGAACCACGAUAAUAUAAAUAAUUAUCAAUAAUAACUCAAUAAUAGUGUGGCCGCCAUUGACAUUCUAUAUAUUAAUAUAUAUGUUCAGGAUCAUCGAAAAGAAGGGAGAAACCUCUGCAAACAAGAUGGAGGGAGAUUUAUUGGAGCAAAGAGUCUCUGACUGCCAGUACCCUGUGUGGACGAGCCCCUGCUGCGAAAUGUCCACCACUAUGGGAGCACCUCAGGAGAGGAACGGGUCGGAACCUAUGUUACAGAACCUUCUAGAACUGUUCUACUACGCAGUCUGACAUGGUCUCUGUAACAUCCACUUCCUGCACUGUCGUUCUUAUCAAGUUUUAAAUACGAAGAAUGAACGUUUAGAGAAAGAAAGAAAACAGAACAGCCGACUAAGUUUUUACUUUGUCAGUUUGUGCUGAAAAUACUUAUAUCUUUACAUUAUUUGAGCAGCAAAAAAAAUGAGAAAAAAUAACAUUUAGCCCAUGUCACACUAGUCUCUUUUCAUCUUCUCUCGCUUUGUUAUACUAACAUUAUGAAAAAUACAUUUUCUACAUGGGCUUUCAUACUGUCACACUGGGUAGGGGUCACAAGUCAGUGUUUAGACUUGGGCUGAAGAAGGGUGGGGACUCGCUCUGACCGACUGAGUCUCAGAUAAAUUAUUGUGCUCGUUCAAUGCAUAGAUAUGACUUGCAUGAAGGCAUGUUUUGAUCAGGAAUCAUGCAUGAUGUAAUCAUAGUCCACAAGACACUAAUUAUCUUACUACUCUAAAUGCUUGACCAUACGUUUGAGGCAGUCCACUGGAAAAAUGUUUAUGAGAAAUAUAACUGGAAAAUGAUUGAUAUAUAUGACACAUAUAUGUCUAUAUAUACAAUAUUGACGGAAUAAAGUGGUGUGACCUACCGUUCACUAUAAUGUUGCUUUUCAACUGCCAGACCGAUCUUUUUAUGACGCCCAUUGGGAUUUUAAUUGAGGAUGUAGUUUCACCCUCAGAGGCAAACCUCUAUUCUGGCACAUUUAAGAAAAACACAAACUAUAUCUUUUUUUUUCUUUUUCUGAGAGGGACAAGCAUAGUUGCUGCUGAUUUCUAUCAGGAAUAUAUCUUCAGAAUGAGAAUGAGGAUGCAGAGAUUUAGAAGACACUUCUCAGACCAUUCUAAAGAAACCUAAUCUGGGCCUUAUUAAGAGACCUUGGUUUUUGCAUCAAAUGUUUACUACCCUUACCUUUGUUGCUACGGUUACCACCCUUACCUGUGGUCUCCAACCAACUCCCUCUUGUUGUUGUUGUGGCAGUACGAACAGGCAAUGUUUGAUGCCAUAUCCUGUAUAUCCAUAUCCUGUAUAUCCAUAUCCUGUAUAUCCAUAUCCUUCACAGAUCAAUGUCAGUUAAAAUUCUAAAAUUCUCCUCCAAUGCUUUGUCUGUCUGCAGACAGGGAAGAGCGAGACAUGUAUCAGUAGGACUGUAGGGGGAGGAUGAUGGGAGAUGUUGAAACAGCUGAUAUACUGAUGCUUCCAUAGAUCCUUUCUUCUGGUUUUUAUUUGAUUCACUUCUGUCCUCUGUCACUCAGUCAGUUCCCUGUUAGACUAUCGUUCACUGUGACCCAGUGGCACAUCGAUAGCCUUUUCUAGACACUUUGAGUUGCCAGCUCUGAAGUUUGUAGAUGUCCUCUGAUGCAAUGCAAUCCUUCUCAGAAGAAAGUUUGAAUUUCAAGCAGUGUGAAUGUAUGUGGCAUAGUAGUUCGUAUCCCAGAGAAAAAUCUGCCGAUUUUGCUCCUGUAAGUCUCUCUGGAUAAAACCGUCUGCUAAAUGACUAAAAUGUAAAUGUAAAAUGUAGUUCAUCUAUAAAGCAGCAUAGAGACAUAAAAGUGACAUAGAAGUAUGAGUGUACAUAGAGGGGACCAUGGAGGGUACAUAGAGCAGCAGGACAUGCUCAGCCACUCCUGGCAUGAUGUACUAAAGGACUGAAAGACAUCGAAGGCUUAAGGGUUGUACUGUGGAGAAUAGAAAUAUAUCUGAUUGGAUAGACUUAUUCGGGGAGGUGGGGGAUGGUAUAACAAAGGACCAAAGGAGAGACUUAACAGAACCUCUCCUGGACCCUCCACAGUUUCUAGCCUGACUGCCAUGAAUGAAAAUGAUCAGAGAAAGUCAAGAUGGCAUCCGGAGCAGAAGGGAAAGUAGUGCUUAUGUCUUCAGCAGGAGUGAGUGCUGAAAGUCCCAUGUUUGUCAGUAUAUCAUUGCGCUUUGUGGGACCUCUUCAACACUGUGCAUAGUGUGUGGAUGUUGGACCCAGGCUUGCAUCAUCAUGUCAUGUGCUAGCAGUCUAUUAUUUGAUUGGUCACCUAGCUGUCUGUUUGAUAAAUUAAGAAUCUGCCUGGGGAUGUAAGAAGGUCAAAGUGACGUGACCCGUCCAACCGUCGUUUCUCACAGAUCUUCUCUGUCUCUACAGAAUAAAAUUCAAUUAGACUUUUAGCAGAUAGGCCUCGUAUGAUCAACUCGUAUGAAGUCAUGAUUCAUGAUUCACAGUAGAAUCGGGCCUUUAAGAAAAUGUAAGGCAGCUUUGAAGUUACUCAAAUGAAACGAGAGCGAGCGCUAGGCUAGGCCGGGCCAAAGAGAUGAUUUAGAUCCCUGUGAGUGACAGGUAGGUGAGUCAAGUCGAGACCUAACAAUAACAGUUCCUCUUAAAGGUAUUUGCAGUUUUUUUUCUACACAGGAGUGAUGUAAUGGUCGUUCAUCUAUACAAACAAACGGAUGCCUGGUCAGACAACAACAUAGUAUCUAGGGACGCACCAUUGAAGCCAUCAUGGUGUGUUGAACACUGCCUGUACCCGUACCUGAUAUCCCCAUGUUUGUCUAUUAUUACUAUCUAGAGGUCUGUUUACAAUAUGAAGACAUGUCUACAGAUAACGUCCGUCUGUUUGACUGCUGCACACUUUAAACCAAAUACAUUCCCGAUUUGAUCGAUCAAUGACGUUACAACCAUAAGAGCAAACAAUGCCAUCCAGUUUCAGCCCGUGCUCAUUUUGGAUGUCAUGUUUUAGAUGAAUGAUGUAUUGAUCAAUGAAUUUACUUGGAGAAAUAAAAUGAACAAAAAUAAGAAAUGUACAUGUAUGUGCUGUGCAGGCUAUGAUGACACAAUCACUGGAAAAGAAUGAACUUUUUAAAAGAAACUAUAAAUAAUGUACUAUAUUAUUUUAUUUUAUCGGCAUGCUUUGUUGUGUUUUUUUGUAAAUACUGAAUUUUAAAGAGCUACCACUAAUAAUCUAAAAUGAAACAAUAACAGUAUAGAAGCUUCCAGAUAUGACCUUUGCCACAUUUGUUCCUUUUUUUUUUUUUUUUUGACACUUUUCACUUUGUUGACGAAAAUUGAAUGAAAUAUAGAUAUUAUAUAAUACACAAAGAUAUAUACAUCUAUACAUAUAUGUGUCUAUAUUUACAGUGCCUUCUGAAAUGAUUCAGACCCCUUGACCUUUUCCACAUUGUUACGUUGCAGCCUUAUUCUACAAUAGAAUACAUCGUUUUCCCCCCCCCCCCUCAACAAUCUACACACAACACCCCAUAAAAACAAAGGAAAAACAGGUUUUUAGAAAAUGUUGCUAAUUUAUUUAAAAUAAAAACUGAAAUAUCACAUUUACACAAGUCUUCAGACCCUUUACUCUGUAUUUUGUUGAAGCACCUUUGGCAGCAAUUACAGCCUCAAGUCUUCUUGGGUAUGACGCUACCAGCUAGGCACAUCUGUACUUGGGGAGUUUCUCCCAUUCUUGUCUGCAGAUCCUCUCAAGCUCUGUCAGGUUUGAUGGGGAGCAUCGCUGCACAGCUAUUUUCAGGUCUCUACAGAGAUGUUCAAUCCGUUUCAAGUCCGGGCUCUGGCUGGGCCACUCAAGGCCAUUCAGAGACCUGUCCCAAAGCCACUCCUGCAUUGUCUUGGCUGUGUGCUUAGGGUCAUUGUCCUGUUGGAAGGUGAACCUUCACCCCACUCUGAGGUCCUGAGCGCUCUAGAGCAGCUUUUCAUCAAGGAUCUCGCUGUACUUUGCUCCACUCAUCUUUGCCUCGAUCCUGACUAGUCUCCCAGUCCCUGUCGCUGAAAAACAUUCCCCCAGCAUGAUGCUGCCACCACCAUGCUUCACCGAAGGGAUGGUCCCAGGUUUCCCCCAGACAUGACGCUUCACAUUCAGGCCAAAGAGUUCAAUCUUGGUUUCAUCAGACCAGAUAAUCUUGUUUCUCAUGGUCUGUGAGUCUUUAGGUGCCUUUUGGCAAACUCCAAGCGGGCUGUUAUGUGCCUUUUACUGAAGAGUGGUUUCCGUCUGGCCACUCUACCAUAAAGUCCUAUUGGUGGAGUGCUGCAGAGAUGGUUGUCCUUCUGGAAAGUUCUCCCAUCUCCACAGAGGAACUCUCGAGUUCUUGGUCUCCUCCCUGACCAAGGUCCUUCGCCCCCGAUUGCUCAGUUUGGCCGGGCGGCCAGCUCUAGGAAGCGUCUUGGUGGUUCCAAACUUCUUCCAUUUAAGAAUGAUGGAGGGCACUGUGUUCUUGGGGACCUUCAAUGCUGCAGAAUUUUUUGGGUACCCCUCCUUAGAUCUGUGCCUUGACACAAUCCUGUCUCUGAGCUCUACGGACAAUUUAUUUGACUUCGUAGCUUGUUUUUUGCUCUGUCAUGCACUGUCAACUGUGGGACCUUAUAUAGACAGGUGUGUGCCUUUCCAAAUCAUGUCCAAUCAAUUUAAUUUACCACAGGUGGACUCCAAUCAAGUUGUAGAAACAUCUCAAGGAUGAUCAAUGGAAACAGGAUGCACCUGAGCUCAACUUUGAGUCUCAUAGCAAAGGGUUUGAAUACUUAUGUAAAUAAGGUAUUUUUUUAUUUUUUAUAAAUGUGCAAAAAAAUGUAACAACCUGUUGUCGCUUUGACAUUGAGGUAUUGUGUGUAGAUUGCUGAUGAUUUAAAAAAAAAUAUUAUCCAUUUCAGAAUAAGGCUGUAACGUAACAAAAUGUGGAAAACGUCAAGGCAUCUGAAUACUUUCCGAAAGCGCUGAAUAUACAUAUUACAAAAUAUCACUGUUUGUUUGUCACAUUUGAUUGAUGUGUAACACGUUCAGUCUAAAACUGGUUGGUAUUCAGCACCCUACUGUAUGUGUUGGGAAAUAGCUGAUACAUUGUCACUGGAGCUGCUGCCAUGGAUUGUAGCCUGAUAUUACCAUGAUGAUGAGAGGUUUAUGCUACCAGCACAUUUCUCACUGUUUUCUGCAAACUUGUCAAACUUUUUUCAACUGCAAUAAACAGAAAAAAACACACAUACACAUUCACACAGACACACAGCAAUUCAACCUGACUAAUCAGUCAUUUGUCCCAAUUAGAUAGUCCGUUGGGUGUGACUGCCUCUUCCAGUGAAGAUGGCAUCUAUCCCAACCAAGGCCUAGUAUCUACUCAUACAUCCACAAGGCCUAAAAGGCCUAGUAUCUACUCAUACAUCCACAAGGCCUAAAAGACCUAGUAUCUACCCAUACAUCCACAAGGCCUAAAAGACCUAGUAUCUACCCAUAUAUCCACAAGGCCUAAAAGACCUAGUAUCUACCCAUACAUCCACAAGGCCUAAAAGACCUAGUAUCUACCCAUAUAUCCACAAGGCCUAAAAGACCUAGUAUCUACCCAUACAUCCACAAGGCCUAAAAGACCUAGUAUCUACCCAUACAUCCACAAGGCCUAAAAGACCUAGUAUCUACCCAUACAUCCACAAGGCCUAAAAGACCUAGUAUCUACUCAUACAUCCACAAGGCCUAAAAGACCUAGUAUCUACCCAUACAUCCACAAGGCCUAAAAUACCUAGUAUCUACCCAUACAUCCACAAGGCCUAAAAUACCUAGUAUCUAUAGAUACAUACAAGGCCUAAAAGACCUAGUAUCUACCCAUACACCCACAAGGCCUAAAAGAUCUAGUAUCUACCGAUACAUCCACAAGGCCUAAAAGACCUAGUAUCUACCCAUACAUCCACAAGGCCUAAAAGACCUAGUAUCUACCCAUACACCCACAAGGCCUAAAAGACCUAGUAUCUAACGAUACAUCCACAAGGCCUAAAAGACCUAGUAUCUACCCAUACAUCCAAGGCCUAAAAGACCUAGUAUCUACCCAUACAUCCACAAGGCCUAAAAUACCUAGUAUCUAUAGAUACAUACAAGGCCUAAAAGACCUAGUAUCUACCCAUACAUCCACAAGGCCUAAAAGACCUAGUAUCUACCCAUACAUCCACAAGGCAUAUUAGGCUUAUCUAUAUACUGUAACCACCCUACACACACCAGGAUCUAGUACAUCUAUCCACAUACACAAGAUUUGGUCCAAUCAAUCUAUCUCUCUAUCUACCCAUAAAUACAGCCACACGGUCUGGUCCAAUCAAUCUCUCUCUCUCUACCCAAAAAUACAGCCACACGGUCUGGUAGGCCUAACUACCCAUCUCCAUCCAUACAGCCACACGGUCUGGUAGGCCUAACUACCCAUCACCAUCCAUACAGCCACACGGUCUGGUAGGCCUAACUACCCAUCUCCAUCCAUACAACCACACUGUCUGGUAGGCCUAACUACCCAUCUCCAUACAUACAGCCACACGGUCUGGUAGGCCUAACUACCCAUCUCCAUCCAUACAACCACACGGUCUGGUAGGCCUAACUACCCAUCUCCAUCCAUACAGCCACACGGUCUGGUAGGCCUAACUACCCAUCACCAUCCACACAGCCACACGGUCUGGUAGGCCUAACUACCCAUCUCCAUACAUACAGCCACACGGUCUGGUAGGCCUAACUACCCAUCUCCAUCCAUACAGCCACACGGUCUGGUAGGCCUAACUACCCAUCUCCAUCCAUACAACCACACGGUCUGGUAGGCCUAACUACCCAUCUCCAUCCAUACAGCCACACGGUCUGGUAGGCCUAACUACCCAUCACCAUCCAUACAGCCACACGGUCUGGUAGGCCUAACUACCCAUCUCCAUCCAUACAGCCACACGGUCUGGUAGGCCUAACUACCCAUCACCAUCCAUACAGCCACACGGUCUGGUAGGCCUAACUACCCAUCUCCAUCCAUACAACCACACUGUCUGGUAGGCCUAACUACCCAUCUCCAUACAUACAGCCACACGGUCUGGUAGGCCUAACUACCCAUCUCCAUCCAUACAACCACACGGUCUGGUAGGCCUAACUACCCAUCUCCAUCCAUACAGCCACACCAUAUCAAUGCAAUUACAGUUCAACACUUCAAUGUCUGAUACUUUGUGCUUCAAACAUCUCUCACCUUUACUUUGAUGGGUUUGUUUCUAAUCUAGUGUUAUAACUCCUCUCAUUGGCAUGUGCCUUUUUCAGCUUUUUAGUGUUUUUUUUGGAAGAUGAUACCACACUUAAAUGUUUCAAACUGUGGAAGGAGGGAAUGGGGUGGUGUGUGGGGGGGGGGGUCGUUAAUUUGAAAAGAAUGAAGGACAACGUAUAUCAGGGACUCGAGGCUACGAAACAGCAUCGUUUGUCCAUACGAUACGAUGAGAGGGGUCAGAACUGAUACUGCCGGGGAUCAGAUUAUCUUAACUAUUAACAAAUACCUGCCUUCUUCUCUUCAUCCUCAAGAUAGACUUUUGAUGUUACCUUACAAAACAGCAAUCCAACUCAAAACAGCAAUUCAAUUCAAAACAGCAGUUUCUUGUGGUCAUGUGUGUCACCUUGUGAAAAAGCAGCUUGCCUUCUAUAUCUCUGUUCUUUCCAUCUGAAAUUUAUUUUUGUAUCAAUAUUAAAUUAAUGAAAUAAUGGGGACUUUUCUUUUUUUAGCAUAUGGAUUUAUUAUUAACUUUUAUUUAUUUUUGCUGAAAAAUCAUUUUUAAAAGUGCUUUUCAAACUGUCGUUUAUCAUUUGAAUGCUGUUAUAUUAAAGAUACAUACAGUAUGGUGUUAGUGAUACACAACCAUUUGGACUCUUAGUAAGAACUCAUGAAAGAUUGUCUUCAUUUGAACACAAACAUUUGUAUGACCAAUAAAGCAGCCUUCCAUUUACAAACUG